ACUUUCUCUUCAGUGGUUCAAUCACACUGAAUUCAGAAAAAAGAGGAAAAAAAAAAUUAAAAAAGCUGCCUUUUUUUCUUCUUUUAUCUUCUUCUUCAUCUUCCUUUCCAUUCUCAUCUCCCACAUUCAACUGAAAAACAGAUAUAUAGAGAGAAAAAGGAAAACAAAAAACUGAAAAAGAAACCAACAAAACAGGAAAAAGACUUAAUCUUUUCUCUGUAUUUCAUAUUCUUUAACCGUAUAUUCUCAUAAACUCUGGUUGAUCUUUAAUGGAUCUGUAGAUCUAACGUUUAUUGGCUACGUUUAAUUGUAUUUUCACACUGUGUGAUUCAGUAAUAUUAUACCAUAUAAGGCCUAAUCACAACUAACAAAGGGAGUAGUGGUGGAAGUUUUUAGUUUUGGAGAGCAGUUGCAUCCAUUUGGAUGUUGAGGAAUUGGCGGUAAGCAAAGGUGAAAUGAGGGAUGUUAUCAAGGUUGAUAAAUUUCUUGAAGGCAUGUUGCCGGUCAUCGGCGGAUCGUUAUGUACAUAGUGCUACAGAUUCAGCUGGACGGCAAGAUGGACUUUUUUGGUAUAAGGACAGUGGACAACACUUACUUGGUGAGUUCUCUAUGGCAGUUGUUCAGGCCAACAAUUUGCUGGAGGAUCAGAGCCAGAUUGAGUCAGGUUCUUUGAGCUUGCUUGAUUCUGGCCCAUAUGGAACGUUUGUUGGGGUAUAUGAUGGUCAUGGUGGGCCUGAAACAUCACGGUAUAUCAAUGAUCACCUCUUUCAGAAUCUCAAGAGGUCUGCAGCUGAACAAAAUUCCAUGUCUGUUGAUGUAAUACGAAAAGCGUUUCAAGCAACAGAGGAGGGAUUCAUUUCUCUAGUUGCUCAGCAGUGGCUAACGAAACCUCAGAUGGCUUCUGUUGGAGCAUGCUGUCUGGUUGGGGUGAUCUGUGAUGGGACCCUUUAUGUUGCCAACCUUGGUGAUUCCCGGGCUGUUUUGGGGAGACUUGUCAGGGCUACAGGAGAGGUUCUAGCCCUUCAGCUUUCAGCUGAGCAUAAUGCAAGUAUUGAGUCUGUCAGACAGGAAUUGCAUUCUAUGCAUCCGGAUGACCCACAGAUAGUCGUUCUGAAGCAUAAUGUAUGGCGUGUAAAGGGUCUGAUACAGAUUUCGAGAUCUAUUGGCGAUUUAUAUCUCAAAAAUGCUGAGUACAAUAAAGAGCCAUUGUAUGCAAAAUUUCGUUUGCGAGAACCUUUUACGAGGCCCAUAUUGAGUGCGGAUCCAGCGAUUUCAGUGCAUGAACUCCAGCCACAUGAUCAAUUUCUCAUCCUUGCUUCCGACGGUCUUUGGGAACAUCUUAGCAAUCAAGAGGCAGUUGAUAUUGUCCAAAAUAGCUCUCACAAAGGAAGUGCUCGGCGGCUUGUAAAAGCUGCACUGCAAGAAGCGGCAAAGAAAAGGGAGAUGAGAUAUUCUGAUUUAAAGAAGAUUGAUCGUGGUGUGAGGAGACAUUUUCAUGAUGAUAUCUCAGUCAUAGUCGUGUUUCUUGAUUCAAAUCUUGUGAGUAGAGCCAGCUCACUUAGAGGGCCCUCUGUAUCUCUGAAAGGAGGUGGUAUGAACUUCCCAGCAAAAAGUCUGGCUCCCACUCCCGCAUAACUUGGUACUGCUUGACCUUUCCACAGUGUUGUAUACUUUGCUGUAUCCUUUCUGAAACUUGUUAUGACAAGAUCCUUUAGUAGAUUAAAGAGAAAUAACAGAAAGUGCGGCACUAAUUUAUUCUUUUGUUGUGCAAUGUGAUGUUUUUGAUGUUCAAUGUAACGUUUAACUUGGAACAGACGUCUUUAUUAACUUUAUAAGUAGGCAAGAAGAUCAAAUUUUCUUUCUUGAGGAUGAAA